GAGCAGGAUGUCUUGAACGUCCCCUUGGUCCUCAUUGUGCAGCCUAGGAAGCGUAGCAAGGUUUCGCCGACGACGGUAUGAAAUGGCAGAAACUGCCCGUGUCACGGAAGCUCAACGAUUAGGCUUCGCUAGAAACACACAUGGAUUUUGCGGGGACCCCCGCCUGUUAGAUUAGGGGCCACGUUAGUGUGUCCGAAGAAGGAAUUAAACGCUGUUUUUGUCUCAGGCUUGCAGCGGACGGCGUCUGCGGGUGGAAACUGUUGGAAUUAUCCGGAGAGGGGUGUUGAGCAUAAACCCCCACUUGGAUGCACCGUCCCCGAGUUUGUCCAAGGUUAAACCAUGAACCGAAACAAGCGUGAGAAAGAGUACUACAGUAUAGAUGUGGGCGACUCAACUUUUAUGGUUUUAAAGCGCUACCAGAACCUCAGACCCAUUGGAUCAGGAGCACAGGGAAUUGUCUGUUCAGCGUACGACCACAACUUGGAGAGGAACGUCGCCAUCAAGAAGCUGAGCCGACCCUUUCAGAAUCAAACUCAUGCAAAACGAGCCUACAGGGAGCUGGUGCUCAUGAAAUGUGUCAACCACAAGAAUAUAAUCGGCCUAUUAAAUGUAUUCACGCCACAGAAGACACUGGAGGAGUUCCAAGAUGUAUAUCUCGUGAUGGAGUUGAUGGAUGCCAACCUCUGCCAGGUGAUUCAGAUGGAACUGGACCACGAGAGGUUGUCCUACUUGCUUUACCAGAUGCUGUGUGGAAUCAAGCACCUGCAUGCUGCUGGAAUCAUACAUAGGGACCUGAAGCCAAGUAACAUAGUCGUCAAAUCUGACUGCACACUGAAGAUCCUGGACUUUGGCCUGGCCAGGACAGCUGCCACUGGCCUCCUCAUGACGCCCUACGUGGUCACACGCUACUACCGUGCCCCUGAAGUUAUCCUGGGCAUGGGCUACCAGGCUAACGUUGAUGUCUGGUCUGUUGGCUGCAUCAUGGCUGAAAUGGUCCGAGGUAGUGUGUUGUUUCCAGGCACUGAUCAUAUUGAUCAGUGGAAUAAGGUGAUAGAGCAGUUGGGGACGCCGUCUCAGGAGUUCCUGAUGAAACUCAACCAAUCAGUGAGGACGUACGUGGAGAAUCGACCUCGCUACGCCGGCUACAGCUUUGAGAAGCUCUUCCCAGAUGUUCUGUUUCCCGCUGAUUCCGAACACAACAAACUUAAAGCAAGUCAAGCCAGAGAUCUGCUGUCAAAGAUGCUGGUCAUAGAUGCGUCCAAGAGGAUCUCUGUGGACGAGGCUCUUCAACAUCCUUACAUCAACGUCUGGUAUGACCCCACGGAAGUGGAGGCGCCGCCACCCGCCAUCACAGACAAGCAGCUGGACGAGCGGGAGCACACGGUGGAUGAGUGGAAAGAGUUGAUAUACAAAGAAGUCUUGGACUGGGAAGAAAGGACAAAGAAUGGCGUCAUCAAAGGACAGCCGGCAUCCAUAGGUGCAACAGUGAUCAGCGACCCCCUGCAGCAGCACCGCCAGCACCCCUCUUCCGCACGCUCCCCCCCGGUGGCAGACCCCGCCCUCGCCGACACGGACGGCAGCCUAGAAACAGGCGGCGGUGGCGUGGGGGGCGGAGGGGAGCUGGGCCGCUGCAGAUGACCACCGCCUCCCCCCCCUUCCUGGAAUCCCACCUUUCACUCUGUAAAAGACUUUUGAACACAAUCAUUUUGUGGCGUCUCCAAGGUAAGAGCGUUUUCCAACCUAAGUAUGCGUAAAGCUUUGAUGAGCUGUCAUGUAAAUGUCAUGUGACUUUCUACACAUUUUACACUAGUCGGAUCCUUUCAUUGACAUGUUUAGACAAUAUAAGGACCAGGUGGACCUAACAUGUGCAAGUGUUGCAUGUUUCAGUGCUUGGUUUAAGGAUGCUUUUGUGCAAGCUUUGGGAGGUUUGAGAGGAAAAAAACGCAAGUGAUAUUUGACUGUGUAUGAGAACGUAAGGGGGGGGGGGGGACAUCCUGUUAUUAGUAACUUAACACUGUGUGUUCACGGUGUCCUCUUAAAAAAAAAAACACACAAAAAAAAUAGGCCACAGCCUUUUAGUUUUGUUGCCUGCAGUUGAAAAGAAGCCGCAUGUAAACUAAAACAGCAGCACAAAAAGAUAAAAAAAAAAAUCAUAUGCAAUAAUGUCCUUUUGAGUUUUUGUAUCCAAGAGAAAAAGUGCCUGUUGUACUGUAACAAGUCAUUCAUGUUGUUUUUAACGGGUGGAUUUAGACAACCGCGACUGUGGCACGACGCCGCCUCCUUUUCUACUUCAGUUUGACCCCUGAGGGACACCAUCCGUGUAUGACACCAGGCAGUUUCAUCAAGGUCGUUCAUCAAAGUUAUGAAUAUCCAUUUCUAAGCUCGACUAAAUCAGCAUUAUAUAUAUAUAUUGAGUUUUUUCGCUGAUACGACACUAGAUGAUCACGAACGCAUGAGGGAGCAAGCUGACAGCGUGUUUGUGUAGUCGGAUUCAAACAAAGCAGGUCGUGACAAGCCAAGCGGCAUCUAACGUGGCGUUAAUGACAUUCUGUCAUAUUAGUCAAGAUAGUUUUUGUUGCUUUGUCUGCCUACUGCAGUUUGUAGUUUCAUGAUUCUUAAUUCUUUUCAAUCUUGCAGCAAACGAGCCGGCAUUGUAGCUGUAGCCUGGGAUUCACGUCUCAAAUCUUCACUUAAAUCUUCAACAACUACUGUACUGUGAAGACGCGCUCUUUAAAUUGGGUUGCACCAGCAAACAUUAUUUUUUUAUUAUUGAUUAUUGGAAGUCCCUUGCAUCAAAACAAUAAAAUUACCUCAAUCCCGUACCAUUAAAAGUAGCUGGAGCUAGAAUUGACAUUGCCAUAAUAAUACUAAUAACUCAAUCUAAAUAUAGAGAUUAUUCGGAGGGGUGGUGCAAAGUAAACUUAACAACUUAAUGGCCGGUAUCUCCAAAUUUUGAUUGGAAAAAUGAAAAUUAUUCAAAUGAAAAGUAGCGAUUUCUGCAUUUGUUGUUGGGAAAAAAAGACAUACCAUAUGCGAAAGGUUAUGUAAUAUAGUUGCAGGCUAGGUAGCAUACCCCUCCUAGUUAUGGCAUAUUUAAGUGUGCGUAAUGCAGCCGAAUAUAAGGUAGUAUUGUUCACAUUUCCAAUCGCUAACCAAUGCUGUUGCAGGGCAGCGAUCCCGCUUAUAUGAACUCAAACCUUAUUUUUUUUUCUUUAAAGUGCUCUUAAUUUUGCAGCUUUUAAACGUAAACAUCACGGAUUUGUAAUUAUUGGAAAAACAACGUCAUUGCGAUUUCCAGUCAGCUUUGAUGAACUACCUCACUUGAAUUUCUGCCACAUGAUUGGUUAGCUGUCAUGACGAGACAUGUGAAUAUCAGAUGCCGUUAUUUAUUUAUUUGAACAAGAAUAAGAAGAAAAAAAAAAGGAGAAACAUGUACUAUUGGUGGCUUUUCAACGGGACUGGUUUUGUACAUAACGCAAAGUUCACUAGAAGCGAGAGAAGAAUCUGUCAAUGUUUUUUUUUUUGUUGUUGUUUUCCAACUUGAAAUGUGCAAUACCUUCAGCAAAGUGUGCUCUGUCAGCGUCUCCUGAAGGUAAUCAAAGUGUUGGUACUGUCAAUCCUUUUUCCUUUUUUUUUUUCAUUCAUUAGUGAAUAAAUCACUUUUUAUGUUUCUUGUCCUAUAUUUCUGUAGAGUCGGUCCGCCAACGUGUCAACUUGGCUGACAGAUUUCUAGGCUGUGGUAAGACCAAUCAUGUUAAUAAUCAUAAUAAUAAUAACAUAGCCACAAGAAGUCAUAUCAUACUGUAUGGUGCUGGUUUGUGCACUACUAGAAAACACGAUGUCUCCUCUUACAGUCAAAUACAUGAGAACAAAAUCAAACAAUGUGUACUAGAAAUAAAAGAAUACACUUUG